ACGAAUUAUUUUUAACGCAGGUAUUGAGAAGUUAGAAUAGGAUAGAAGAGCACAAUAUCCAUUUAGGUAUCAUAAGUUUAAUUUUCACCAGUAUUUCAGUACCUCGUAUUUCAUAAAAGAUUAACUAAGGAUAAUGUUUGGCUUAAGAAGCUAUCAGAGCUUUAGUUUUAGAAAGUCGAGUGAACCAUAGGUAUAAUAAUUCACAAAAGGCAUUAUUAGAAGCUUUACUUAGCCGUAUAUUCAAAGACACUCGUACAGGAAUCGCCAGUUGGUAAUAUGGCAACGCUCGAGGAUAAGAUUUUAGGUGAAAAGUCACAGUAUUAUUGCAGUAGUUCGAGCGACGACGAAGAGAAUGGUUCUGAAAAUUCUGAUAAGGAGGAUGAAUUAUCGAAAAUUGUUGAUAUGCCAACGAAGCAACCAUCCAUGGAUCUUUCAGAAUGGGAUGGCACCUCAAGUAAUACAGGACCAAAAGGCGUUAUUAGGGACUGGCAGCGUUUUAAGCAGAUAGAAAGCGAAAAGCGAGCUGAACAAGAAAAAGAGAGAAUAGAACUUAUGAAAAAGCUUAGCCUAACCUGCCGUAGUAGCUUAGACGACGAGAGAGAAAAGAUGCUUGAAAGCGACUCUGACUUGGCUGAUCUCAUGGCCGAUGAAUUUCUUCUCGCUUAUCAAAAGCAAAGAAUGCAAGAAAUGAUAGCUAAAGCAGAAAAAUUGCGCUUUGGAACAGUUAUAAAUUUAGAAAAUGUUACCCAAUUUCUAACAGCUAUUGACAAAGAAGACAAAUCGGUCACUAUAAUCAUUCAUAUAUAUCAAAACGAUGUUCCUGGCUGCGCUGCUAUGAACGGCUGUUUUAUAACACUAGCGAAAGAAUAUCCAUAUGUAAAAUUCUGUAAAAUAUCAGCCUCGACCGUCGGUGUUAGUAAACACUUUAAGAAAGAAGGUGUACCUGCCUUAUUAGCUUACAAGAAUAGUCAAAUCAUUGGCAACUUUGUUCAUGUUACAAAUAGUCUCGGAGACGAUUUCUAUGCAUCAGAUGUUGAAUCGUUUCUAAUAGAGCAUGGUUUGCUUCGUGAUAAGAGCUGCGUACCAGCAAUCAUUCAAAAUAAUGAUAAUAAUGAUUCCGACAGCGACUGAACAAUCUCAUUGCAAGCGUGAAUCUGUAGAAGACUGUAUUAUAUAUAAUAGAAUUAAAAUUAUACUUGAAAAUACUAUUUAAAAAAGCAGGUAUCUUUAUGCAAAAUGUAAAGUGAAACUAGAAAGAGAUAAACGUGAUUUUGCUGAAUUUAAUUUGCAACUCUAUUUACGCUAUUACGCUUUAACACCAUAAAAAU